GUUACCCACGUCCAGCCAGCAUGGAUCUGAUAACUUCCUACUUGCCCUGUAAAUGGCUGUUCUUCGCGACGGUUGCCGCGAUAGGAUGUCUUGCUCCCACUCAGAUCGAACCUUCGCGGCCGACCCGUCGAACAUUCCGCGACGUAACCGAGACUUCGGCAGCUCCGCUGAUCCAUGAGAACUAGACGCUCGGGGCGGAAAAUGGACAAGGUAUCAACACAGGAAGCGACUUUCAGAAACGAAAGAACGGUACAUUGAAUACACGAGUGCACCCCAGGCAGACCUCGAGAGCCUAUUUCUCAGCUCCACCCAGCUUUCUUGCUCUGGCGACCAUGGACUCUUCGACCGGCUCGUCUAUGCUCGCAGCCGUUGCCAAGGCCAAGGGUCCAACUGACAAGACCUUGCGGGUCGCCCGGAACAAGCUCUACCCCAUGCAGUCCUGGUAUUGCCUGGCGCUGUUUAUUUUCAUUGUCGGCGUUUUCCAGUGGGGAUCGUAUCUGCACUCCAAGUAUGCUCGGAGACACCGCAACGCGAAUGGCGAGUCGGACCCAGAGCUGGCUUCUGAAAGGUCCGUUCGCGGAGUACGACGUAUCCCGGCCGCCCUCGCCAACUUCUAUCGGGUUAUUGCCUUCCGCUGGACGCUAGAGAUCGGCAAGAGCUACACCCUUUGUUUGUCCGAGGUCUUCGUGACCGUGGCCUACAUCGUAUUUCUUUACGUCUGGGCAUUCAUUAACACAACCGACCUCGAAGGUCACAAACUCAACUUGACGUACUGGUGCAACCGCGCUGGUAUCCUGGCUACUAGCCAGUUUCCGCUGAUCACAGCCCUCGGAACGAAGAAUAACCUCGUCUCACUUGUCACCGGAGUCAGCUAUGACAAGUUGAAUUACAUUCACCGCAUGAUGGCACGCGUCGUCUUCAUCCUACUUUGGGUUCACGCCGGGAGUGAGGUUGUUUACGAGGCACCUUUCCAGCCUUACCUUGAGCAGACGUGGCUCAGAUGCGGCAUCGUCUCUAUCGUGGCGAUAACUGUGCUCAUGUUCGCCUCUCUACGUCCUGUUCGUGCCGGUGCCUACGAAUUUUUCUUUUACACGCACUUCGCCAUGGUCUUGAUCUUCCUCGUCUGCGCCUAUUUCCACACUUCCUACGACAGCAUAACGUACUGGAUUUACCCAUGCUUUGCCAUCUGGGGCCUCGACCGCCUCAUUCGGGUCGUCCGUCUCGUCGUCUUCAAUCACUCAUACUUCGGCUUCCGCUCGGGCUCAAACAUGGAUGCGACGAUUGAGCUCCUCUCGCAGGAGUUUGUCCGCCUACGCUUCCACCGCCCCUCACACUUCCACUGGAAGCCGGGUCAGACCGCAUACCUCAUCAUGCCUUCCGUCUCGCGCCUGCCGUUUGAGUCGCACCCCUUCACUAUCGCUAGUUUUGACUCGAACCUCUUCGAUUCAAUCGAGGACAAAGAUUCUGCCCGGUCAAGCGAGAAAUCGAAUCGGAUGAGUCUGGCAGAGCACGCGCUCGGGUCCAGUAUGCCAUUCUGGAAGGAAGUCGUGUUCUUUAUCAAUGUUCGCGAAGGCUUCACAGGACGGCUGAGGGAGGCCGCUCUCAAAGGGGAGAAGGUCAAGGUGUUCAUUGACGGACCCUAUGGCCCGUCUCCCGACCUUGGCUCCUACGACACCUGCGUCCUCAUUGCCGGUGGCUCUGGCGUAUCAUAUACGCUCCCGACUUUGCUUGAUAUUAUAGAAAAUGUUCGAAGUGGCAAGAGUGACUGUCGUCGAGUCGUCUUUAUCUGGGCUAUCCGCGACGCUAAUCACAUCCACUGGAUUGAUGAGACCCUCGUCCGAGCACUUCAGCUUGCUCCGCCUUACCUCAACGUCUCCAUCAGAAUCCAUGUCACAGGCGCUUCUGCUGCAAUUGCUGAGCUCCACCAAGACGACGCCGACUCGGAGUCGAUCCAUGACGAUAGCGAACAUGAAGACGGCAAGGCCCGCGAGAAAAGCAAAGACUCCCUCGUGGCUCUCUCGAACGUCUCUGUCGAACAAGGCCGGCCAAACCUGGACGUUAUGCUCAAGGAGGAGGUCGAUGCUACUACCGGAAGAAUGUCUGUCAACGUCUGUGGCUCUCAAGCUGUUGCACGCUCAGUGCGCCAUGCACUACGCUUCCCGGUCUCAAGUCCCUCGAAUAUUCUGAACGGCGGACCCAGCGUCACGCUUCAUAUCGAAUCUUUUGGGUAUGCCUAAUUUUAAUCUACGUUACCUCCUCGAACCCUCCGUUCGUCUCCAUCUUUGGACGUUCUUUGGUUCUGCCUUUCUUUCU